ACUGGCAGGGUGCGGUCUGAAGUGGCAACAGAUCGUUUUGGAUCACUCAAAUCCGUUCAAUUCAACUGGAAAGCUGCAGCUUGUUGCACGCCGGUCGCAUAUGCAGAGACCAGCCAAGCAGCGGGUGAAAGUGGCCGGUGUUGUGACAGUUUCACACAGCAAAAGAAAAAGAGGGAGAGAAACCACAACACUGCAACUUGGAUAUCAGUAACCGCUCUCUCUCUCUUUAACUAUCUCGCCCACCAAAUCGACUUUGAACCUGUUUGUUUAAAUACACGGACUUUACAGCCUACACACUUACUGUUGAUUCUGUAAGGCGGAGGGAGCGAAGUUUCUCAAUUGUGGGUCCAUUUUUUGGAGCUGCUAAAAAAACUUUUUGGUGUCCUCAUGGUGCCUGGAGCUGCCAAGGUGAGCGACUUUUAUCCGAGUCUUUCGGACGUGAUGUUGCGACUGUCACGGACGAUGGAGUCGGGAACUGAGCUGGGGAGGUACUGAAGACAUCUCUCUCCCCAGGGAGAGUCCUCCCUCCCCCCGGGGCGAUGCGGAUCUCCUUCCUCCUCCUCACCACCUCUCUGUGUGCCUUGGUCCUCCUCCUCGCACCUGCCUCGGAGGGCUGCGGGCCGGGGAGGGGGUACGGCAAGAGGCGGCUCCCGAAGAAGCUCAUCCCGCUUGCUUACAAGCAAUUCAGUCCCAACGUCGCCGAGAAGACCCUGGGAGCCAGCGGGAGACCCGAGGGCAAAAUAACGCGCAACUCCGAGCGCUUUAAAGAACUGACACCAAAUUACAACACAGAUAUUAUCUUCAAAGAUGAGGAGGACACUGGCGCCGACAGGCUCAUGACCCAGCGUUGCAAAGACAAGUUAAACUCUCUAGCCAUCUCUGUGAUGAACAUGUGGCCAGGUGUUAAGCUGAGAGUGACUGAGGGCUGGGAUGAGGAUGGUCAUCAUUCAGAGGACUCGUUGCACUAUGAGGGACGUGCUGUUGAUAUCACCACAUCAGACAGGGACAGAAACAAGUAUGCCAUGUUGGCCCGACUGGCAGUAGAAGCUGGAUUUGACUGGGUCUACUACGAGUCCAAAGCCCACAUUCACUGUAGCGUUAAGUCAGAACAUUCUGUUGCCGCCAAAACCGGUGGCUGUUUCCCUGGUGAUGCUCAGGUUAUCCUUCAGGGCGGGGCUACUAAACAGAUGCAUGACCUUCACCCCGGUGACCGAGUCUUGGCCUCUUCAAUGACAAAUGGUCGUGGCCCCCUUCUCUACAGUCCAGUCCUGUCCUUUCUGGACCACCAACCCAACACCUCAAAGAUCUUCUACAUCAUUGGCACCAACAGAGGACUUAAUAUUACUCUCACAGCCGCUCACCUGAUCUUUGUCACAGACUGCACUGAUGAGCAGAAUCAGCCAAAGUUGGACGAGACAGCUGAAAAGGGCUCCAUACCAAAGGACAGGCCUCGAUGGAAAGCAGAUCUGAGGACAGUAUUUGCCAGUGAAGUCCAACCUGGACAGUGCAUACUUACAUCACAAGGGAAAGUGGGCUUACAGGCUACACCUUCUGUAGUUACCUUUGUAGAAGAACAGAGGAGAACCGGGCUGUAUGCCCCACUAACCCAGCAUGGGUCCAUAGUGGUGAAUGGUGUGCUGGCAUCCUGCUAUGCUGCUGUGGACAAUCACCAUUUGGCCCACUGGGUCCUGGCGCCACUGAGGUUCUUCUACAGCCUGAUCGGACCCUCAGAACCUCAGACUGAUGGCCUGCACUGGUACACUUGGCUUCUACAGAGGCUGGGGCAAAUGCUAUUGGGUGCUGGACACUUCCACCCCUUGGGGAUCGAGCAAGUACAAAGAUAGGAGUCACAGUGACAUGUUACACUCUGAUGACUUCUUUCACCUUUUUCAGGCAGACACAAAGCACAGAUAAACAACCAUCAACUAUACUUGCCUGUAUUUGCUAAACAUCAACAAAUUAUUUUUACUUUUGGAAAUUCAAUUUCAUUCAUUCCAGAUAAUUUAGAGGACCGAAAUGACAAUCAAAUUCAGUUAAAAUGAAAAAAGGAAGACAAUCAAUUUCAUUUUUACUUUUGUACUGUAUUACAUGUCUUAAAAUGUGUGUUGCUGGAGAUCAAACUGGGGUUAACUGAUAUAAUAAGAGAACAUUUUAUACAUUUUAAACAUUUUGGGAGCGCUAAGCUUCACAGAAGACAUGAAGGAUACAUUUGAGGAGGAAUGAAGAAAAUUGAGAAACCUAGUGACUGAACUAGGUGUGAUUUGAAGCUAAUAUGUACAUAGGUAUUUAUUCUGUUAGGAAUUGUUAAAAUGUUCUGUCAUCAUCAAAUCAUUCCUGCAGUCAAUUGUACUUCUCUUUUAUCGAGCCGAGACUGUAUAUUCUAAUUCAUUUCCAAAAUAAUAUUUAACUUGACCAUGAUGGAGGAAGUUCUGUAUAUUUGAAUGACAGAAAAAUGAUAAUGGACACUGUGUGUAUAAUUACCAAUGCAAGGCAAAUGCAUGAGUUAAUAAUGGCCAUGCUGUCAAUCUGUUUUUCAAAGUAUGUCAUCUGCUUCAUUAUCUCAAAUGGAUUCAUGUGGUUUAUCUAUACAUCUUCAUGGUUUUUUCUAUCAGUUAUUUUAUUUAAAAUGUAUUUUGUGACAUGUUUUCAUUGUUUCAGGUUUUCAAUUUCCGGUCAGUAGUAUCUACUUAAGUUAUACACAACACUCAGGCUGUAUUCAACUACUGUAUUAAGCAACAGCUAUGCAUAACAUUAAAUUAGAGAUAGUUACUUGAUAACUCUCCUUUGCAUUGAUUUAUUUUUUAUUCCAUCUAUCACACUAGACUUAAACCCUUGACUGGCAAAGGUACAGCAAUUUUGUUGCUAUAGUCAGCAGAUGUGAUGGAUGGCUGAAUGAAAAUUAAUAUUAACAUAAUAUAAGUGUUUGUCCAGGUUGUCACUUAUUGAGCAUGUCAACUCAAACUUUGCUAUCUAGGAGCUCCAAGGCGUUUCUCUAUAUGCCUUCUUAAAAACAUGUGUCACAUAUGUAUAUUAAGCUAUCGUUGGAGAGAAUAUUUAAAGAUCUAUUUUUUAGAAAAUAAUGUAAACUAUUAUUAUUUUUUGGCAAUUCUGUCCCUACAAUUUGUAUUUGAAACAUAAAGUUGUUGUUUAUGAACCAAAUCUACUCUGUGCUUUAUUUAAUGGCAACAUAUUUAUUAAAGAUCUCAUGACGGCAAA